GGGCCUGCGCUCCGAGCCCACGUGUUGGGAAAGCAUGGCGGAGAUGGAGACCCAGGAAGCCUGUGGAGCCAUGGCUCCGGGAACAGACGCUAAGAGCGGCGCCCAGCCUGACGACCACCAUAGCUUACUGCAGCACAGCCGCGAAUUCUUGGACUUUUUCUGGGACAUUGCGAAGCCGGAGCAGGAGACGCGGCUUGAGGCCACGGAGAAGCUGCUGGAGUAUCUGCGCGCCAGGCCAAAGGGAUCCGAGAUGAAUUAUGCCCUGAAGCGCCUGAUCACCGGGCUCGGGAUCAGCCGAGAAACCGCCCGGCCCUGCUACUGUCUGGCCCUGGCACAGCUGUUGCAGUCUUUUGAAGAUAUUCCCCUGUGCAGCAUUUUGCAGCAGAUAGAAGAGAAACAUGACCUCCAGAAGGUUAAGAAGGCGAUGAUGAGAGCUGCUCUCUUUGCAAACCUCUUUGGGGUGCUAGCCCUCUUUCAGUCAGGCCGGCUGGUGAAGGACUCAGAGGCACUGAUGAAGUCAGUGAAGCUGCUGCAGGUCUUGGCUCAACACUCCAACCACUUGCAGGAGCAGCCCCAGAAGGCGCUGGUGGAUAUCCUCUCUGAGGUCCCCAAGGCCACAUUAAAGGAGAUUUUGCCAGAGGUCUUCAAGGGCAACUUGGAUUCUGUUCUUAGCUCCCCUGAGCACUUGCAGCUCUUCCUCUUGGCCAAGCAAAAGGUGCCGGUGAAGCUCAAGGAGCUGAUGGGGUCUGUCAACCUGUUCUCAGAUGAGAACAUCCCCAGACUAGUGGAUGCGCUGAAGAUGGCCGCCGCCUCUGUGAAGAAGGAAUGCACGCUGCCCACUGUGGCGCUGAACCUGCUCCACCUGGCACUUAAGGAGGACAAGUUCCCGCGGUUCUGGAAGGAAGUUGUGGAGCAAGGACUACUGAAGAAACAGUACUGGCCAGCUAGCUACCUGUGUUUCCGCCUGCUGGGUGCCGCCCUGCCCCUGCUGUCCAUGGAGCAGCUGCAGCUGGUGUUGCGGGGAGACCUGAUCCAACACUAUGGACAACACAUGGUCACUACUAAGCCCUCACACCAGUUCAAGUUUGCCCCGGAGAUGGAGAAGUAUAUGGGUGCCUUCCUGGAAGGCUGCCGGGAUGACCCUGAUCGACAGUUGGCCGUUGUGGUGGCCUUCACUUCCAUCACCAACCAGGGCCUCCCUGUCAUCCCUACCACCUGGCGGGUCGUGCAGUUCCUUAGUGGCCCUGCUCUCAAGGGCUACACAGCCUGGCUGCGGGACAUGUUUCUCCAGCCCGACCUGGACUCCUUGGUGGACUUCAGCACCAACAACCAGAAGAAAAGCCACGACACUUCGUUCCACGGGCCUGGACGAGCUGUGUUCCGGCUGCGAAAAUGGAUCAUCUUCCGCCUGGUCAGCAUCGUGGACAACCUGCAUGUGGAGAAGGAGGAGGUUCUGAUUGAGGAGGUGGCCAGGUUUUGUUUGUUCCACUCCUUCUUUGAAACAAAGAAGCCCACGUCUGAGAUCCCCGAGACUGAGCAGCAGUUCUCCUUCCCUAUGGAGAGCAGUUCCCGGGCAGUAGUCAGCAGCGCCUUCUUCAGCCUGCUCCAGACCCUCAGCACCCAGUUCCGGCAGAUGCCAGGCCAGACCCAGGACAGGCGGCCCUGGACCUACCGCCUGGUGCGGUUUGCAGAUGUGCUGUUGAACCACAGUCGCAAUGUGGCUGCCCUGACGCCCUUCACUAAGCCGCAGCACCAAGCCUGGGACCGGAUGCUGCAGACUCUGAAGGAACUGGAGGCCCUCUCCUCAGAGGCCAAAGCCAAGGCCACUGCCUUCCAGCACCUGCUCCUCCUGGUGGGCAUCCAUCUCUUCAAGUCCCCCACAGAGAGCUGCGACCUCCUCGCUGACAUUCAGACCUGCAUCAAGAAGAGCUUAGGGGAGAGUGCCCACCGGACCCGCUGCAGGGCCACUGACUCCGAGGAGCCAUCAUGGGUGGAGGUGCUGGUGGAGAUCCUGCUGGCCCUCCUGGCCCAGCCCAGUCACCUAAUUCGCCAGGUGGCCCGGAGUGUGUUUGGCCACAUCUGCUCCCACCUGACUCCACGAGCCCUGCAGCUAAUCCUGGAUGUGCUGAAUCCCAAGAAGAAUCAGGAUGAGGAUGAGGACAACGUGGUGGUCACAGACGAUUCCAAGGAGAAGCAGCUAAAGAAUGUGGAGGACCAAAGCUCUGACAGCGAGGACAGAAGCUCAGAGAGUGAGGAGGAGAGUGAGGAGGAGGACCGAGACGGGGAAGUGGACCAGGGCUUCCGGGAGCAGCUGAUGGCCGUGCUGCAGGCAGGGAAGGCGCUGGGUGGAGCGGACAGCGACGAGGAUGAGGAUGAUGAUGCCCUGGGGGACGAGGCCAUGAUGGCCCUGGACCAGAACCUCUCCAGCCUCUUUGCCGAGCAGAAGCUGCGUAUCCAGGCCCGGAAGGAUGAGAAGAGCAAGCUGCAGAAGGAGAAGGUGCUCCGGCGCGACUUCCAAAUCAGGGUCCUGGACUUGAUCGAAGUGCUGGUGACCAAGCAGCCCGAGAACCCCCUGGUCCUGGAGCUUCUGGAGCCGCUGCUGAACAUGAUCCGGCGCAGCAUGCGGACCAGCAGCACAAAGCAGGAGCAGGAGCUCCUGCACAAGACAGCGCGCAUCUUCACCCAUGAUCUAUGCCGGGCUCGCCAUUACUGCCGUGACGUGGGCAACGACAUGGAGGCGCUGUACUCCCGGGUGGAGCGGCUCGUGCAGCAGGCUGCUCACCAGACAGACUCCUGCGUCUCCCUGUACUACUUUAACGCCUCCCUUUACCUGCUCCGGGUCCUGAAGGGCAGCACCAUCCAGAGGAUCCAGGGAAAGGAGAAAGCUGGUACCGACGCCAGCACUAAGCCCACGGACACAGAGGCUACCAGCGGCUUGAAUUUGAAACUCGCAACCCCGAUCUACUCGUUUGCACUGAACUCCUUCCUGACCAAGCGCAAUAGCCCACUCACCAUCCCCAUGUUCAUCAGCCUCUUCUCCCGGCACCCAGUGCUGUGUAAGAGCCUGCUCCCCGUGGUGACCCAGCACAUGACGGGCCCAGCACGGCCCCGCCAUCAGGCCCAGGCCUGCCUGUUGCUCCAGAAGACCCUGCCCAUGCGGGAGCUGAGACAGUGCUUCAAGGACCCUGAUUGGAAGCAGCUGAUUGGCAGAAUUCUAGUAAAGGUCACUGAGAACCUGCGGGCCCUGGGCAAGGCACGGAGCAAGUCAGAGCUGCAGAAGGAACUGUCCUCCUUGGAGCUGCUUAAUACUCUCUUCAGGUCUAUAAAUCAAGAGAAGCUGACCACAGACCUGACCGGCAUCCUGGGCGUGCUGCAGAGCCAACAACCCAGCCUGCAGCAGAGGCUGCAGCAGGGGGAGCACCCGACCGGCUCCAGCCGCCUCUAUGACCUCUACUGGCAGGCCAUGAAAUUCCUGGGAGUCCAGCGCCCCAAAUCAGAAAAGAAAGAUUCUAGAGAAGCCCCGACUGGCACCCAGAACCCUGUUAGCUUGAAGCGGAGGAAAAAGGGAUUCUUGCCAGAGACCAAGAAGCGCAAGAAACGCAAGUCAGAGGAUGCCACACAAGAGGAAGCCAAGCCUGUCACCACCAGUGGGGACCAGCCCCCCAGCACAGGAAAAAUGAAGAAGAGGAACAGGAUGAAGGCUGGGGGCCCAGCCCAGUCCCAGGUGAAUGGAAUGCCUGCCUCUAAGAACCCAGCCCAGACUCCUCCAGCCACAAGUCCUACCCCUGCCAAGGCCCCAAAGCUGCAAAAGAAAAAACAGAAGGUGUCCCAGGUGAAUGGACUCACUCCCACGCCCCCCACAGAGCCUGCUGACAAAAAACAGCAUCAGAAGGCUCUGCCCCCAAAGGAGGUCUCAGACCAGUCACCACAGUCGGCACAACCACGGAAAAAGGCAAAACUGUCCUUGCCUGGCAAGAGCCCGGGUCUCCCCCAGACUGGGCCCAAGAAAAGGAAGUGCACUUGAGAAAGAGAAGCAGGUCCCUGAGCCCCUCACCACCAGCCUAGAGACUUGUUUUCUCAUCAUGAUUUUAAUAAACAGGCACUGUCUGAGGCAUGACCUGGUA